CCCGCCUCGGGGAGGAGCCGGCGUCCGCACAGCCUGCGCUGCCCUGUCCUAUGCGAGGCGAGCUCGGGAGAAGCGCUGAGCAGAGUUGUCUUCUUCCUCAGGUGCCUCCAGGUUGAUAGUUGGAGCCCUCAGGCAACAUGCCGGAACAGAGCAACGAUUACCGGGUGGCCGUGUUCGGGGCCGGUGGUGUUGGCAAGAGCUCCCUGGUCCUGAGGUUUGUGAAGGGCACGUUCCGGGAGAGCUACAUCCCCACUGUGGAAGACACCUACCGGCAGGUCAUCAGCUGCGACAAGAGCAUCUGCACGCUGCAGAUCACCGACACCACAGGCAGCCACCAGUUCCCGGCCAUGCAGCGGCUCUCCAUCUCCAAAGGGCACGCUUUCGUCCUGGUCUACUCCAUCACCAGCCGGCAGUCCUUGGAGGAGCUCAAACCCAUCUAUGAACAAAUCUGCGAGAUCAAAGGGGACGUGGAGAGCAUCCCCAUCAUGCUGGUGGGGAACAAGUGUGACGAGAGCCCGAGCCGAGAGGUGGAGAGCAGCGAGGCCGAGGCCCUGGCCCGCAAGUGGAAGUGUGCCUUCAUGGAGACGUCGGCCAAGCUCAACCUUAACGUGAAGGAGCUCUUCCAGGAGCUGCUCAACCUGGAGAAGCGCAGGACCGUGAGCCUACAGAUCGACGGGAAGAAGAGCAAGCAGCAGAAGAGGAAAGAGAAGCUCAAGGGCAAAUGCGUGAUCAUGUGAACGCCCUUCCUGUGGGAGGAGCACUCGCGUGUCCCCGUCACCUCCCCUCCCCCUCCCGCGUGAAACCCACAGUCGUCAGGGUAGCAUGUAAGAUGCCCACGUGUUAAAUAUUGCAUUUUGACCGAGACGUGCCCUAUUGUCCUUAAGAGGGUAUUUCACACCACCACCAGUAAGCACCCCCUCUCCAGAAUCAGGGAAUCCGCCAGACGGUUAAAAUGAAAGCCAACAGGCUUGGCAUCACAGGGAACUGAGAGAGGUGCCAGCAACUUCUGAAGGCGUCGUUUGCCAUUAGAAGGCAGGAGGGCUCGUACCCCCUGGAAGCAGCGUGUGCUGAGCGGAGUGACUGUCACCUGCAUGCAUGUGAGAGCAUGUGCACCUGGAGUUGCAGGCCCUGCCCCCAGACCAGGUGUUUCCCUCGGCUCAGAGCCACUGACAUCCUUU